AUGCUCCAGCCAAUACAUCACUCAAAACGUCGAUAUUGGGAAAUUGGACUUGCGGCGCCAUCUCUGGAGUUCAAAGCUAACGACGGACCCAGCAAAGAGGGGAGAGGCGACCACGACGUAGUGUGCUAUUUAUUGAUUAUUGUGUUGAUAAUUGCGAUUCUGUUUUUUGCCAAAAAUUUAUUACGGCAUUAUGACGAUAAUUGGCUGUCGCCAAUUAUUUAUUUAAUAAAAAUUAAGCCAGCUCGACGACAAUCGGCUAUGGCUGUUUAUUAUUGA